CGGGCGGAAGUAGCGGUGUUCGACGCGCGUUUCACCCUCCUCGUUAGAACCAACGAAGCGGACUUUACACCGGUGCAUUCUGGGAUCUAAAAUGAACCACAAUGGCGGUUAAGCAACAAGCAGUUCAUGCCCUCAAACUAACCAGUUUACUUUUGGCCCUUCUACUCCAACCAUGGCGGACUUUCGGCGGGGAGCUGACGUGGGAUCCGAGCGGCUACGUGCUGUACUGCCCGUGCAUGGGUCGCUUCGGAAACCAGGCAGAUCACUUCCUGGGAUCUCUCGCCUUUGCAAAGAUGCUGAACCGAACGCUGGCGGUCCCUCCGUGGAUCGUGUAUCGCCACCACGCGCCCCCUUACACCAAUGUGCACGUUCCCUACAGUGAGUUCUUCCAGCUGGAGGCGUUAUCAGCCUACCACCGCGUAGUCAGUCUGGAGGACUUCAUGGAGAAACUGGCGUCCAAACACUGGCCCCCAAGUCAGAGGACAGCCUACUGCUUUGAGACUGCUGCGCAGCGCAGUUCCGACAAGAAAUCCUGCCCCAUGAAGGAUGGGAAUCCGUUUGGUCCGUUUUGGGACCAUGUCGGCGUGGACUUUGAUGCGUCAGUCUUGUUCGCUGGUAUCUCCUUCAGUGCCCACCACCAACCUCAGUGGAUGAAGAGGUUCCCCCCCUCGCAGCACCCUGUCCUGGCGCUGCCCGGUGCCCCCGCCCAGUUCCCAGUGUCAGAGGAGCAUGUGAGCCUGCAGCGCUUUGUGGUGUGGUCCAACAAGAUGAUGGAGGAGGGGGAGAAGCACGUGGCCUCCCUGCUGACCAGGCCGUACGUCGGCAUUCACCUGAGGAUCGGCGUUGACUGGCAAAAUGCCUGCAAAAUGCUGAAGAACGGCGACGCAGGGCCUCACUUCAUGGCCUCUCCGCAGUGCGUCGGCUACAACCGCCAGAAGGCCUUGCCCCUGACCAUGAGCAUGUGCCUCCCCGAACUGGGGGAGAUCCGCAGGGCGGUCAAGCUGUGGGCGAAGAGGACCUCGGCCCGCUCCGUCUACAUCGCCACAGACUCCGAAUCCCACAGUGUGGAAAUUGAAAAGCUCCUCAAGGGCAAGGUGAAAGUGGUGAGCCUUAAGCCGGACUCGGCCCAAAUGGACCUGUACAUCCUAGGCAGGGCCGACCACUUCAUCGGAAACUGUGUGUCCUCCUUCUCCGCCUUCGUGAAGAGAGAACGGGACGUUCGCGGCCUCCCGUCCUCUUUCUUUGGCAUGGACAAGCCCGGGGUAUCGAAUCCCAAAGAAGAACUGUGAGCACGAGGGUGACGUGCGGACGCUAGCGCCAGAGGGCCGGGGGGGAGCGAGUGGAAGGCAGAGAGGAUUUAUAUGGUCCGUGAAGGCCCGUACUUUGAAUGGGUUUUAGGCUGUGAGGAAGUAUGAUCAAUGCUGUGACCUGGUGAAUUUAUUUUUGUCUGUUCCCGCCUUCGAAAUCCAGUAUGUGUUUUUAAGCCUUGACUUCCACCUGUUCGUGUCCCCUAUACUGAACCCGGGAAAAGAACUGCGGUGGUAGCAAUCAUAUUCUCCCCCACCUUUCCAGCCCUACUUGCCUUUCCCAGGUUGCUCUGUUUUUCUCUCUGCCCUCCAUUCCAAGGAGAGCUCAGUAAACUGAUCCUCCUCCACACACUAAUUAUAGGGAGGAAAAAGGAGACCCUCUCUCCACCUCUUAAAUCAUCAGGACCAAAACACUAAUGAAAAUGUGUAGAAAUUUCUACCAAAUGUUUUGGUAAGAUAGAAAUAGUUGAUUUGCACAGGCUGAUUAAAUGCAGAUGGGGAAAGAUAAUGGUUUAUCUUUGUUAAAGCAGUGAAUGCACUCAAUUUGAAGUUGAAUGGUUUCUAUAUAUUUUUUCACAAUAAAGUGAUGCAGACUGAUUUAAAAUAACCA